ACUGAGCCCAUUCUCUGGUCACAACACUUCCACGGAACUAACAGAGACAAAACAAACAAACGAAUAAUUAAACCUGUUGAAGUUGAAAGAGUUGCACGCCGGAGUGUGUAUUAAGUAAAUGAGCAGUACAGAGGCUUAAUCUAAACAUAAAGAGAGCGGUGAAACUAAGCGCCUCCUCUAAUUCCGUGUUUUGACUCGUGUUAGUCUUUCAAAUUGUGCGAAAAUGGUUGUUUUGUCUAAAAAACCAAAGACUUUCAAGAUUGAGUUCGGCGAUUCCAGCAAGGCUUUUUAUUCCAGUGGGGAUAAAGUGGCUGGGCGAGUGGUGGUGGAGGUGUCGGAGACUACUCGAGUUGCGGCCAUGAGACUGUAUGGAAUCGGCUGCGCCAACGUGGAGUACAGCAAAGGAAAGCAGCGCUGUAAAGAUGCCAUAGAUUACCUUAAAUACCAAGAUGUUCUUCACCUGGACCAGCAGCCUACAGACUCUGAUGGCUCUGUUAUUCUCAGACCUGGAAAUAGAUACGGGUACACCUUUGGGUUCGAGCUUCCCCAGUCAGGGCAGCUGGUGUCCUCAUAUAAAGGCAAAUUUGGCUCUGUUGAGUACUAUGUGAAAGCGGUGAUGGAGAGGCCCUGCCAGUCGGAUGUAGAGUGCAAAAAGUACUUUGAAGUGGAGGAACCGAUUGAUGUCAACACUCCCGACCUUACAUCCCCUGCCGCCGGAGUGACAGAGAAAAAGCUGACCUGCAUGUUCAUUCCUGAUGGCAGUGUGUCAAUCACGGCAAAGAUUGAUCGUAAGGGCUACUGUGAAGGAGAGAACAUCUGCAUCAAUGCCAAAUUUGAGAAUACCUGCUCUCGCAUUAUUGUCCCCAAAGCUGCCAUUAUUGUCACGCACACUUUUCGGGCCAAUGGCCGCACUAAGGUGCUCCGUGAAAAGAUCUCAGCUGUCAGGGGCAAUCAUAUAAUCUCUGGCAUGUAUGACAUAUGGCAGGGUAAAACCUUCCGAGUGCCCAAACUAAGACCCACCAUCUUGGGCUGCAACAUCAUCCACAUGGACUACACUCUGAUGAUUUACGUGCACAUCCCAGGAAGUGAGAAGCUAACCCUAGAGCUUCCUUUGGUCAUUGGGACAAUCCCCUUUACUGGCUUUGCCAGUCGUACUAGCAGCAUGAGCAGUCAAGAAGGGAGCUCAGCAGCAUCCAGCAGCCUGGUGUCCAUGCCCUCUGCUCCACCUAGCUACAGCGAAAUACCUCUGCAUGGCUGCUUGGACCCAUUCAUCACACCAUUGCUAGAUGACUACACUGAAGACGACAGUCCUAUCUUCAUGCAUGCCAGAGAGUACUAUCAGACACCUCCUCCAGCCUAUACCGAGGUGCAAGAGGGAUGCAAUAGAAGUGGCACUACCCUCCAGUUAUGUUAAACAGCUGUAGCUGCAAAAAUCUUCAAAAGAGAUUAUUUUGCUGAGAAAUUAACUUUUCUGUUCAUUUGUGCGAAUGUCGUUGCAAGUUGGUAAACUUAUUUAAGUCUCAGUAUGUAAUGUAAUAACAAAGGAUGCUUUCACUUAUAUGAGAAUUAGCUUCUUGAGAACAGUAUUAGACAUUAUUAGUAUUAGUAUUAGUAUUAAUAUAAUUAAUAAUAAUUAAUUAGUAUUAAUAUUAGUAUUAGUGCCUGUUUUGUGUUUCUUGAUUAUUUCUGGGGUAUCCUCAGUUUUUAGACCUGAAAGGGUUUUUUUUUUUCAAAUGGAAGUUGAGCUUUGCCAUAUUGGCUUAAUGAUAAUCCUGCCAUUAUAGUCAUUCCAGACACAGUCUAAAAAAGAUCAUUAGGACUGGUAAAAAUCAAUGCAACUGUGGGAAUACAAUGCCUUUUUACUGUAAUAUGUUGAUAUGUACAUAGGGCAUGAUUUCAGAAUGCACUUAGUAUACAACUUUGUAUCAGAGUUAAUGGUUUGUUUUUAUUUUGCUUUGAGAAAUUGAAUGUGAUAUCAAUCAUUAACAUGUUAACAGUAUGUUCUAAUAGUUUAUUUACUUUUAUUAUAGACAUUACACACAAUAAUAUUGAAACAGUGCAGCGUAAUUACCUGUAAUUACGAUUUGCUUUGGGAAUUUGAGAAUUAUUUCAUUUAUGUAAAUUUUCUAUAUACAUAUUUUAUACAUACCUACCUGUGCUAAGUGUGUUAUGUACGUACACUAGUUUAUAGGAGAUGAUGUCAGAAAUGAGAAUCUGUUUGCCCUGAUGGUACAUGCAUCACGUCAGACUUGAGCUAUUGGAUGGGAUUCCUGCAAUGUAGAGGAAAGGUUGGCAGCAGGAUAUGAGCAGGAACCAAUGGCACAAAUCCAGGGGAACACAAUAUUAUUAAAUGCCACCUGUUGGGUAUCAGAGGAGGUAUUAUUUACAGUAUAUGUUUAGCUGGAAACUAUUCAGAAACUGCCUAGUGAUUGAUGAGCUUCUCAUCCUCCAAAUACAUUACCAAUGUAAUGUGCUUUUAAUCCAGCUGGGCACAUUCAAAGAGUAAACAAUCAAACCCAAAUAUAAGCUCAACUUUCUUAAUCACUUAGAUAACAGCUAAAAUUGUGCAUUUCUCCACUGGUAAUAAAGCAUAAUUCAUAAUACCUGUUAGUGAAAGAACCCUUAUCACUACUUAAUUGAACAUUAAUAUAAUGGUUGCAAUAAUACACAACUAUAUAAAUAGUUGAGAUGUGUUUAUUCUCACUUGACAAUAUCAAUGUAAUUAAAUCUAAUUUUAAUUUGU